GAAAAGUUGAGAAAGACAUGUUAAUGCCACAAAAGUGCAUUCAGAAGGAACUCUCAUACCAAGUGAGACAACUUUCUUUUGAGGUAGUGUUUAAGAGUUUGAAUAAUAUUGAUUAUCACUCGACAACAAUCCAUUUGCUAACCAUGAUAUCCACCUACCCUUGGGACACCAAGGUAGUCAUGAUGCUUGCGGCUUUUUCCUUAAUCUGUGGAGAUUUCAUCAAUAUUUCUCGACACCGUCAUUGGAACAAAUUAGCAAACAAGUUGAGACUUUUCAAGCAAAAUCUAAUUGUUGCGUCAUUUGAGAAAAUAUAUGAUGAUUCUAUUGUUAAGCUCAUUAUAAACUUUGUUAACUGUGUGAAUGAGCUUAAUCAACCACCAUCUUUCUCUCCACCACAGCCAAUAAUUUUGGCGACUUAUUGGAUUACCAGGAGCAUUCUUACUUGUACCCAAUGUAUUCUUUGUGUUGAGUAAGUUUUAAUAAAAUUUAAUAUCAAAUCU